GUAAUGAAACGUGCCGAUUCCUCCCUGGUUUUCUCCCUUCAGCCUUGAAUACUUCAUCCUACUGUCAUAGUGACCCGUUACUAGUCAGAUGCAUGUGGGGCGAACGGGCAUGGCCGCGGUUACCACGACUCAUGUCGACGCCGCACGGCGGGCCCGCGUUCUUGCCUUCCACGGCUGGCGCACCAGCGCGUCGAUUCUGCAGCAGCAGUUGAAGAUAUCAUCUCUAGACAUCACAAUCAAUGAGCUUGCUGACAUCACCUACCUAGAUGGGCCACACGCGGCAAAGGGGGCGCCAACGCCGGACGUCGCACGCUUCUUUGCGCCACCCUUUGUGGAGUGGUGGGAUGCAGUCACGGACCCCGCCACGGGUGUCGUGACGUACGAGGGCGCGGAGCGGUCAUUGGCAGCGAUAGAGGCGGAGCUGCAGGCCGCGGCGGCGGCGGGCCGGCCCGUGGAAGCCUUGUUGGGGUUCUCGCAAGGGGCUGCGUUGGCGGCGCUGGUGCUGGCGCUGCAGGAGUGCAAGCUCAGGUUUCAGAGCCUGCCCCCGCUGCAAUGUGCGGUCCUCAUCUCCGGUUCCCGCAUCCGCGACCCCACUUGGGCCGGUGUCUACGGCGGGCCCAGCACCAGCAAUGGCGGCACAGCAAUGACCGACCUACACCCAGAGAGCGCACAGGCGCUGCUCCAGCGCCCCACCUGCCACCUGAUUGGCGCGGCAGACCCUAUGCGGGGCCGAAGCGAACAGCUGGCAUUGUGCUUCCAAUCGCCGCUUGUGCUACAACAUGAACAAGGUCACGUCGUGCCCAGGCUGCAACCCAGUGCCAGGGAGCAGCUGAAGGCGUUUCUGCAGCAGCAUCUACACGCGACACCCGACGCACCUGCAUACGCGGACGGGAAGCGUCAUUGAGCAGCUCAUUGGCGCGCAGCGCAGCAGAGACGUUAAUGACGAGUGUUGCGGAACUAAUGCGUACGCAGACCAGAGCGGAAGACGUGCGGACUGACUACGCCACGGUUGCGCAACGGAUUGCAUGUCGUGGGCAAGGGAGGCCGGGGAAGAGCGAUUGGCGCUUGUGACUACGGGUGGAUACCGUGGCUGAGCCGGCACUGUUCUCCUCGCCGGCUGCCUGGCUGUUCUAGGAUGUCCGGCCGGCCGUUUCUCUCCGCGAUCCAUGAGUGGUAAACAAUAUGCACUUGUAUUUCAGGCUUUCAGGGCACGGAUGGGGAUGUGCUUGAAGAUGGUACCGUGCCGGGCACGUGUAACUGUAGCUGCCGCGCCCGCACUGCAUGACAAGCAACGCUCAGGCGAAGACGCGGAAUUGUAAGCCCCAGCGAGU